UGGUGAGAGAAGACAUUCCCUCACUCCUUCUUCCAUUUUGGUCCUGAAAUUGUUUUAAUUUUUUUACUAAACUACACCAUUCAGUCAAUUUCAAGCGUCCGUGGACAUUUCAAGCCUGGGUUUGAUUGUUUGUUGACCUACGGAGAAGCACCGCGGGAAUUGAGUCAAAGUUCCCCCGUCCGGAGUGAGGGAUGAGCGGACUGUUGGGCAGCAAGGAGUCGGUGCUUGAAUAAACACAAGGAGAGACAGCGAGGGUGCUCUUAUCGCCGCCGAAAUGGAGCAAACUAAAGUUCCAGCCACAGUGUCUCCGCAUGAAGUCCUGAACAGAAAAACAACUAGACCUGACCCAGAGGGGGCUAGCAGUCCCCAGAAGACCGCUCAGGGGAUGGAAUCGCCAGCAAGGAAAGACGCCGAGCGGAGACUGACCACCCCGACUAAAGCCGACGUGAUCCCCGCAUCUCCGGGGUCGCCGGCUUCACCUGCCCCCAGGUCCAAAAGAGACGUCAUGAAGUCAGACGAGAGGCAGCAGCUGGCCAAAGAGCGCAGAGAGGAGAAAGCCAAAUAUCUGGAAGAACUCAGCAAGCUACAAGCGGCUAAGAAGAGUCAGUGGUUGGAGAAGGAAGAGAAGGCACGGCAGCUGAGGGAGCAACAGCUGGAGGAGCGGCGCAGGAAGCUGGAGGAACAACGCAUCAUGGCCGAAAAGCGCCGGGCCGCCCUGGAGGAGAGACAGAAGCAGAAGCUUGAGAAGAACAAAGAACGCUAUGAGGCAGCCAUCCACCGCUCAACCAAGAAGACGUGGGCCGAAAUCCGCCAGCAAAGAUGGUCCUGGGCCGGGAAUCAGAAUCAGAAGGAGAGCAGAUGCUCUGUUUCUACCGUCAACCUGCCCAAACACGUGGACUCAGUCAUAAACAAGCGACUCUCCAAGUCCUCUGCCACGCUCUGGAACUCCCCCAGCAGAACCCGCAACCUCACACUGAGCCCAUGGGAGAGCAGCAUCGUGGACCGCUUGAUGACGCCCACCUUGUCGUUCCUGGCUCGGAGCCGCAGUGCCGCCAGUGUGCUCCCCAAUGGAAAAGACGGCCAGUCUCCGCUGUGCCCCCGCUCGUCCUCUGCCAGCCCGCUGACGCUGUGCGCCCACCAGCCCCACCACCGCUGCUCCGAACGCUGGAGGGUGACGUCCAGCACGCCUGAUAUCACUCAGCGCCAACACAGACGCAGCUCCACACCCGUGGACAGGACCAAAAAAGAGAAGAAGGACAAAGAGCGGGAGAAUGAAAAAGAGAAAAAUGCUCUGACAAAGGAGAAAUUCCUCAAGAAGAGGCAGUCUCUUCCCAGUAUGAGACACAGACCAGACCUGAGUCCGAGCCCGCUAUCAAGACCGCGGCCAUCAUCACCCGUCACGCUCAAAGGCAGGCCCGCCUCCCCGAGCCCCGCCAGUUCCCCGAAACCUCCAUCUGCACGCAGCAGCCCAUCGACCCCGAAAGGUCGGCCCAGGAGGGCGAGGACUCCCGCCAGGGUGGACCACCGCACCUCCUCACCCGUCCCGCUGGAGAGAGUGAGGGAGCCUCGCAGAUCGGCCACCCCUGACAACAGUCGCUGUUCCCCUGUGGUUCCUGCUGUACAACCUGCUUCCAACAUUUCAGAUUCGUCCGCCGCCGCUGCAUCGCCCAAGCCACCCAGGAAAGAUGCUCCUUCAUUUCGGGUAUCUUCCCCUGCACCCUCACCGUCCGCCAAGCCCAUGGCAGGCACCAACGACCCAGAGGAGGCCGCACGCAUCCUGGCUGAAAAGCGGCGGCAGGCUCGCGAGCAAAGAGAGCGGGAGGAGCAGGAACGACGUGAACAGGAGGAAAAGGAGAGAAUCCUAAAAGAGGAGCGACUGGCAAGGGAGGCAGAGGAAAGGCGGCGUCGCGAGGAGGAGGCCCGCGCUAUCGCGGAGGAGCAGCAGAGGCUGAACGAAACCCGACGGCUACAGGAAGAGAAGGAGGCGCAGGAGCGGGCCAAAAUCGAGCACGAGGAGAAUCUUCGUAUGCAGAAACAGAAAGAAGAAGCCGAGGCUAAAGCUCGCGAGGAGGCGGAGAAGCAGCGUCUGGAAAGGGAGAAACACUUCCAGAAGGAGGAGCAGGAGAGGCUGGAGAGGAAGAAGCGCCUGGAGGAGAUCAUGAAGCGAACACGCAAGACAGAUGGAGGCGACAAGAAAGAGUCAAAAUCUCAAGUCAGCGACAAAGAAGCAGAAAGCAGCAAAGAAUCUGCUCACUGUCAGCCGAGGUCAGAGGUCAAUGUGGUCGCCAACAACAAUAACAAGACAGAACAUGGACAGAGCGGCGUUAGACAAAGCCCCCCAGUCCAAACGGUGAAUGGAGUCCAGCUCGGCGGAAGACACGAGAAUGGCUUGUCCACUAAAGGAGACGCGACCAGCUUAGAGGACAUUAUCAUCAACGCCGCCAACGGGGCACGGGGAAAGUCCGAGACCAGUAUGGCUCCUGAGGACAUCCUGGGUUUCGAGAGUGAUGAGACCUUCAUGAAGAAGGCGGGGCCACUGAAACCUCAGCAUGUCGCAGAAGUGCUGUGAUGGCACGGCGGUCCCGCGUCAAUACGUCUCUGGCCUCACAUGGGGAAGCCUACCGUGUUCUGACCCCUCGGUCUACGUCUGUGAAGAUGAAUGAAGCAGAGGGCGGGGUCACAGAUGAGGAGCACCGCCUGACAGGAUGCGAGAAAUGAUUGCGUGCACCUUAUUCCACAAUGACAGUAUCAUCCUUUGUACAGGAUAGUACUGCUAAUGCUACACAAAUAAUGCACACAUGAACAAAAGGAAGGGCAGACGUUAUGAGGUAGAAAAAAAACACUCAAGUGAUUUCCUGUAUAAACAUGUUCAUAGCUACUAUGAAUGAGUGUACACAUACAAUAGGGCAAAUACACAUAAAUAGAUUCCUAUUUAAAAGCAUUGGUUCUUUUUCUUUUUCAUGACAAAUGUGCAUGGUUUUGCUCAUUUGCGUCUGGACUGAUCCAGAUGUGUGUGUAAAUGUUAUAAAUAUAUUUUGACGUGUGCUGUAAGGUGCUAGGGAAGUCUUAUUAAAAAGCAAACU